CGACCGACGGGAGAAAGAGAAUUAAUAAUUAUUUUCUAUGCUCUCGGCGAUGGGUGGUAAUUAGCAUUUGAGCGAACGAAGCUCGUCUUAGUUCGAUUGUGCUUCUGGUGGGAAAAAGACUCCUCUGGUUCUGUUCCCAUUUGAUAAAGGUGAAAUGCAAUGGCGCCAAAAUUGUUUGUGAAUGACACUCGCCGGCUGCGUCGAGUGGGAACCGUCAUUGUGUUUGUACUAAUUAGUUACACUCCGAGAAGAUUUCUGGGGGCACCGGUGUGGGAUCACGUUGAUAUUGUUACGUCCAGUCAGGUUCCCACGAAAGCUAUGUUUGACUUCAUGCGUCGAUUCGGCUACCUGGAGAAGGGUCCCAAUCAAGCCGAAGCGUUGUACAGUGAGGAGGCGGUGGUCGAGGCGAUCAAGAACAUUCAGCACUAUGGGGCACUGCCGGAAACGGGUCAGCUGGAUCAAAGAACUAUCCAGUUAAUGUCAUCGCCUCGCUGUGGAGUAGUGGACCUCGGGCACCAUCAGGAAAACUCGAUCCGUCAUAGACGGUACGUGAUUGGCUCCGAGAGCUGGCGCAAAAGGAAAAUUACCUACUUCAUUGCCAACUGGAGUAGCAAAGUAGGCGAGGACUCGGUUGCCCUGUUCAUGGAGAGAGCAUUUGGCGAGUGGGCCAAAUACAGCAAUCUGCGAUUCGUUCGAGUGUAUGAUCCUUCAGCGGACAUCAUAGUAGGCUUUGGAAGUGGCCACCACGGGGACAACUACCCGUUUGACGGACCAGGGAACAUCUUGGCCCACGCUUUCUAUCCGUACGAGAUGAAUGCUUACGGUGGUGACAUCCAUUUCGACGAGGACGAAAACUGGAAGGAGAAUUCUACUCAUCUAGCGGAUGGUGUCGAUUUUUACUCGGUUGCCAUCCACGAAUUAGGUCACUCGUUGGGCCUGGCACAUUCCCCGGUGUAUUCCUCGCUGAUGUUUCCCUACUACAAAGGAAUCACCCAAGGUUCGCUGGAUUACGAUGAUAUACUAGCGAUGUACAAACUGUACAUUCAGAAUCCCUACAUUACCGAGGAACCCCAUCUCCCACCGAACACAACAAGCGACGAUGACGAGUACGAAUACGAAGAACCCACGGAGCGAACACCGGAUGAACCGGCUUCGAAGCUUCCGGAUUUCGUCACCGAAGCUACGACUACAACCGUCGAGAUGGAAGUAACGACGAAGCUGUACGAUCUACCGAUCACCUUCGUUGGAGAUUAUACGACCGUCGAUGAUCACAUCACGCGACACCAUGGAGGCGACGUUACGGAGAUCGUUCCGCAGUUUACGGAGGCUAUCGCCGAUGUUUGCGCCGGUAGCUUCGAUGCGGUUGGAGUACUCCGCGGAGAAGUGUUCAUUUUUAAGGGGGCCCACCUAUGGCGGUUGACGGAUAAGUAUCGCGUGAAGGAGGGCUAUCCGGUGAAGAUUUGGCAGGUGUUCCGGGGUUUUCCGAGAAACGUCCAGCAGAUCGAUGCGGUGUACGAGCGGGAGUUCGAUAACAGUGUGGUUCUGUUUUCCGGCAAACUGUACUGGAUCUUCGACGGGUUGAACUUCCUUCAUCCGGAAGCUCGUCCGAUCACGGAUUACGGCCUACCGGAUAGCUUGCAGAAAGUGGACGCCGCAAUGGUUUGGUCCAAAAACCAGAAAACCUACAUUUUUGCCGGUGACCAAUUCUGGCGGUACAACGACACGGCCGAGCAGGCGGACGAAGGUUACCCAAUGUCGAUGGACCGAUGGUACGGCAUACCGACCAAUCUGGACGCGGCCACUUCGGUUGCUAGUGGUAAAACGUACUUUUUCAAAGGUAACUACUACUGGUUGUAUAACAAUGACCGGGUUCGCCCGGAAAGGGGCUAUCCGCGGAGGGCGAGCAACAUUUGGCUUGGGUGUCGUUAGAAAUAUGCUUUAUAACGAUAGAUUAAAUGCACUGCCAGUUUGAAACAAA